AUGGGGCUGAGUCUGUUUUCGCAUGAAGUGUCCGAUCUCUGCCUCGGAAAGCCUCCGGUCAAGUCCCUUUCAAUCUCCACCACGGUCGGUGAGGCUUUGUCGGCCCUCAGGCGGCUCGGCGAAAGCAGCCUAAGCGUGUGGAGCUGCGACCACUCCGAGAAAAGCAACAAAUCUGAAUCUGAAGAUUGUCUGUGCGUAGGAAAGGUUUGCAUGGUCGAUGUCAUAUGCUUCUUGGGCAAAGAAGAGAACCUGUCGUGUCCUGCCAAAGCGCUCGAGGCUCCGCUUGAGGUAUUGAUCCCCAAAGGGUCUGCCCUUGUUGGGCAUUUGGAACCAAACGCCAGCUUGGUGGAGGCCAUUGAUUUGAUUCUAGAAGGUGCACACAACAUUGUGAUACCAAUUCAAAGUCGCAGGAUCACAGCAACAAGAAAAAUGCUUCUCCACAGUCACUCCUUCAACACCCUCCACAACAACCGUGAAUACUGCUGGCUCACCCAAGAAGACAUCCUCCGCUACCUCCUCAACUCCAUAGGACGCUUCAGCCCCAUCUCCAACAGCCCCAUCAACUCCCUCCAAGCUAUCAACACCGAAAACAUCCUCGCCCUACAUUAUGAUGACCCGGCCUCAUCUGCAUUGCCCCUUAUUUCUCAGUCCCUUGUUCAGCAAACCUCGGUUGCCAUUCUUGAUGAGUACAGCAGGGUGAUCGGGGAGAUCUCGCCUUACACCAUCAACACCUGCCACGAGUCGGUGGCGGCUGCGGUUGCCACACUCUCAGCCGGUGACUUGAUGUCGUAUAUUGACUGCGGUGGCCCCCCGGAUGAGCUAGUGCAGUUGGUGAAAGAUAGAUUGGAGGAGAAGAAAUAUGGGGCGUUCUUGGAGUUCAUGGAAGAAGACUCAACACUGUCAUCAGCUUCUUCCUUCUGUUCGACUUCAUCGGAUGAAGAGUUUGGGUGGGGAAGAAGGUCAGGAGGAGGGUAUUCAGCAAGGUUACUGAGGAGGUCGGAGGCAAUUGUAUGCUAUCCAAGGAGCUCCUUGGUGGCAGUGAUGGUUCAGGCACUUUCUCACCGCGUGAAUUACGUGUGGGUUGUAGAAGAGGAUGGAACCUUGUCUGGCAUUGUUACCUUUGCAAGCAUGUUCAAAGUUUUCCGGGAACGUUUGAGGUCGAUGGCAUAA